UCUUCCCUUCUCUCUCCUCCAUUAAGAUCCUUUUGACUCCUCGAGUAGUUUGAACCAAGCGGAACCUCAGAGUAUCUGACACGGUAAGUAAGUGAGAAAAUGUGAACAGAUACUCUGCAGUUUGCUGUUGACCAGGUACUCCAAUCUCUAUCCUAUUCCAACCAGAUUCACAUUACUGUUUUGGUAGGUAGCUAGUUUUCUAAGCUUCGUUUCUACAGUGUGCUAUCUAAGCUCCCUCCAUCUUCUCCUUUUACUCAAUAAUAUGUCCAAGUUAGGGCUGGACUUGGAAAGUUUUCUCAAUAGACUUUGUCAAGAGUUUCAAUAACUCGGAUGUUAUGCUGAAAAUUAGACUGUGGAUCAUUUUCAUUUUGUUUAGUUUAGAAGGGGUUUGAGGGGUGAACCUGUUGAUUGUAAAGUGACUCAUGGCAGCAGGGGUAGUUGGUGGGGCAUUUCUCUCGGCCUCCCUUCAAGUGACUUUUGACAGGUUGGCUUCAAGAGACAUCUUAAACUACUUCCAUGGAAGGAAACUCAAAGAUGAGAUGCUCAAAAAGCUAGGAAUUGCAUUGAACUCUAUCAACCAAGUGUUGGAGGAUGCAGAGGAAAGGCAGUAUAGAAGCCCUAAUGUGAUGAAAUGGCUUGAUGAGCUUAAAGAGGCUAUAUAUGAGGCAGAGUUGCUUUUUGAUGAAGUUGCUACCGAAGCAUUGCGACUGAAGCUGGAAGCUCAAUUUCAGCCUGCUACUAGCAAGGUGCGAGGAUUCCUCACAGCUUUUAUUAAUCCAUUUGACAAAGAAAUUGCAUCUAGGGUUAAAGAAGUAUUAGAGAACAUAAAAUAUUUGGCUGAACAAACGGAUAUGCUAGGAUUGAGAAAGGGAACUUGUGCUGGCCAUGAAGUUGGAUCCAGUUGGAAACUCUCCAACAGAUUGCCAACUACAUCCUUGGUGGAUGAAUCUAGCAUAUGUGGUAGAGAGGGUGAUAAAGAGAAAAUAAUCAAAAUUUUAGUUUCAGAUAAUGUCACAUGCAAUCAAGUGCCAAUUAUUAGUAUAGUGGGCUUGGGAGGGAUCGGUAAGACCACCCUUGCUCAGCUUGUGUAUAAUGACCAAAAGAUACUGGACCAAUUUGACCUUAAAGCUUGGGUCUAUGUUUCACAAGAUUUUGAUGUUGUUGCUGUCACAAAAGCAAUUCUAAAGGCACUUGGGUCAUUAUCUGAGGAAGAAAGAGACUUGAAUUUGCUUCAAAUUGAACUGAAGCAGAGGCUGAUGGGGAAGAAAUUUUUGCUUGUUUUAGAUGAUGUUUGGAAUGAAAACUAUUCGAGUUGGGAGGCACUACAAAUCCCCUUCAUUUUUGGAUCUUCAGGAAGUAGGAUUCUUGUUACCACACGUACUAAGAAGGUAGCAUCAGUCAUGAACUCCUCCCAAUUACUUCAUUUAAAGCCAUUGGAGAAAGAAUAUAGUUGGAAGCUGUUUGCUAAUUUUGCAUUUCAUGACAAGGAUACCAGAAAAUAUCCAAAUCUUGUAUCAGUUGGCAGUAAAAUUGUGGAGAAGUGUGGAGGAUUGCCUUUAGCUAUAAGAACAUUGGGAAAUAUCUUGCGAGCAAAAUUUUCCCAUUACGAAUGGGUUAAGAUAUUGGAAAGUGAUAUAUGGCACUUACCAGAGAAUGAUAGCAGUAUUAAUCCCGCUUUGAGAUUGAGUUACCACAAUCUUCCUUCCUAUCUGAAGCGCUGUUUUGCUUAUAGCUCCAUAUUUCCAAAAGGUUAUGAGUUUGAUAGCGAUCAGUUAAUCAAGUUGUGGAUGGCAGAAGGUUUCUUGAGUUGCUGCCAAAUAAGCAAGAGUGAAGAAGAGUUAGGUAGUGAGUUCUUUAAUGAACUAGUGGCAAGGUCAUUUUUCCAACAAUCAAGACGCCAUGGUUCUCGCUUCACUAUGCAUGAUCUUCUUAAUGACUUGGCAAAAUCUGUGUCAGGAGAUUUUUGUUUACAAAUUGAGGGUAAUUUGGUGCAAGAUAUACCUAAUAGAACGCUUCAUAUUUCAUGCGCUCACAAAUUUAACCUUGAUAUAUUUUUGGAGCAUAUUUGCAAGUGUAACAGAUUGCGUUGUCUUAUGGCACUUGAAUCAUGUGAAUUUGGCAGGGGAGACUUGAUGAACAGCAAUGCACAACGUGUUUUGUUUUCUAGAAUUAAAUAUUUGUGUGUGUUAUCCUUCAACAAUUGUCUUCUCACAGAGUUAGUUGAUGAGAUAAGCAAUUUAAAGCUUUUGCGCUAUCUAGACCUUUCAAACACCAAGAUUAAAAAGUUGCCUGACUCCAUUUGUAUGCUGCAUAAUUUGCAGACACUAUUACUAGAAUGGUGCUAUCAUUUGACAGAGCUCCCCUUAGAUUUUCACAAACUUGUUAAUUUGCGUCAUCUUGAUGUGCGUAUGAGUGGAAUAAAUAAAAUGCCAAAGCACAUAGGAGGGCUGAUACAUCUUAAAACCCUGACUUGUUUUUACAUCAGCAAGCUUAGUGGGUUUGAUAUUAAGGAGUUGGGGAAUCUCAACCAUCUUCAAGGAACACUCUCAGUGUUGAAGUUAGAAAAUGUCACUGAUCCUGCAGAUGCCAUGGAGGCUAAUAUGAAUGAUAAAAAGCAUUUAGAAGAAUUGGUGUUGAAUUGGGGUGACAAAUUUGGAAGGUGCAAUGAAAAUGAAGACUCAAUAACGGAAAGGCAUGUGUUGGAGGCUCUUCAACCAAAUGGGAACUUGAAAAGGCUUACUGUUUUACGUUAUGAUGGAACUAGCUUUCCAAGUUGGUUUGGUGGAUCUCAUUUACCCAAUUUAACAUCCAUUUCAUUGACUAAAAGUAAAUUCUGUUUUAUGUUGCCACCAUUUGGGAAGCUCCCCUCUCUGAAGGAGCUCUCUAUUUCAUGCUUUUACUCAGUAGAGGUCAUUGGUCCGGAGUUUUAUGGUAAAGAUUCCUCAAAUACUCCAUUCAAAUCUCUUGAAAUUCUGAAGUUCGAGGAAAUGAGUGCAUGGAAAGAAUGGUGCAGUUUUGAAGGUGAGGGUUUGUCUUGUCUUAAAGAGCUUUCCAUAAAGCGCUGUCCUUGGUUGAGAAGGGCCCUGCCUCAACACCUUCCUUGUUUGCAGAAAUUGGAAAUUUGUGAGUGCCAACACUUAGAGGAUUCACUUCCUGAGGCUGCAGGUAUUCAUGAGCUAGUGUUGCGUGGAUGUGAGAAGUUUUUGCUGAAAGAUUUGUCAUCCAGCUUGAAAAAGGCCACAAUUUGUGGAACUCGUGUCAUUGAGUCCUCCCUCGAGCAAAUUCUGCUCCUUAAUGCCUUUCUUGAAGAGUUGAAAUUACAUGACUUCGAUGGUCCAAAUCUAAAAUUGUCCUCUUUGGAUAUGCAUAGACAAGAUUCUCUUAGCACUCUUACUAUAACAAGCUGGUACUCCUCCUCGUUGCCUUUUGCACUAGACAUGUUUGCCAAUCUUCAUUCUCUACAUUUCUAUGAUUGUCCACAGCUUGAGUCAUUUCCAGAGGGGGGUUUGCCUUCAAGCCUGUGCAAACUCGAAAUUGAGGAUUGCCCCAAACUGGUUGCAUCUAGGGAGGAGUGGGGAUUGUUCAAACUUCAUUCUUUGAAAGAGUUGAGGAUUAGUGAUGACUUUGAAAAUGUGGAGUCUUUCCCAGAGGAGGGGUUGCUACCACCCACUCUCAGUGAUCUAUAUUUAAUUGGAUGUUCAAAGCUAACAACAACAAAGUUUUCUCCACCUCAAAUCUCUCAAAUCCUUCUAUAUUCUAAUAUGCCCUCGUCUUGAGUGCUUGCCAGAAGAAGAUUUUCCAAACUCUCUUUCUGCUUUGUUCAUUCUUAGUUGCCCUUUACUUGAGCAGCGGUACCAAAAGGGUGGAGAGCAUUGGCAUAAAAUUCACCACAUCCCUUCUGUGAUGAUUAACAGCUGAAACAUGCAGCACAUUCAUCCGUUUGUUGAUAUCCACUUUUUUGGCAAACAUUUGCGAGUUCCUUUUGGUGGAGAUGAAAAAUAUAUCUCUCCUACCAUAAUAUAUCAUGAUGGGAUUUCUUGUCUGUUCUUAAUUUACAGAUGCAUAUUAUAUAUUAGAGGAACCAUUAUGGGUUAUAGCUUUUUGUCUUCAUAAGUGACCGUGAAAUCUUUCAAACUCAACCUAGAGGAACCAUGCCUCAGUAUCUUUCAACUAUUGUGGUUUAUUUGGUAAAAAAAUAGAAUCUAUUAUCUAUUAUAAAAUAGUAAAUAUGAAGCGUGGGAUAUGACGUCAUGUACUUUAUAAACAAUUUUAUCACAUGAACAAAACUUCUUACAUGUUA